AUGGCGGCACCAGACCUGGAAUCUUUCAGGAGAAGUAGCAUGUUCGAUGGCUCGUUUAGACAAAGCUUAAGAGAUGGGCUACUCCCACAACAGACCAGUGACUAUUCCUAUAUGUUUGAAGACAGAACUCACGCCCGUUGCUGCUCCUACAGGUACUUCUCCGACAAGAUCACUGGGUUUGUGAAGAAAUCAAAGGAUUUUUUGGUUACGGCGUGGGAGAUGGGAACAACGGACCCGAGGAAGAUUAUAUUCUCAGCCAAGAUGGGUUUGGCUCUGACACUCGUUAACCUUCUCAUCUUCUUUAAGCUCCCAGGAUCAGAGCUCAGCAACCACUAUCUCUGGGCAAUUCUCACAAUAGUUGUCAUCUUCGAGUUCAGUAUAGGAGGCACCUUUAGAAAAGGAUGCAACACAGGACUAGGAACGUUAUCUGCAGGAGCCUUGGCGCUUGGCAUGGCUGAGAUAUCCGAUAUGACUGGAAACUGGGCAGAGGUUUUCAACACUGCUAGCAUCGUCGUAGUAGCCUUUUUGGGGACUUAUGCAAAGCUAUAUCCAACGAUGAAGCCCUAUGAGUACGGAUUCCGAGCGUUCUUGCUGACCUAUUGCUACGUAAUAGUGUCGGGAUACAGAACAGGGGAGUUCGUGGAAACAGCUGUCUCAAGGAUCCUUAUGAUAGCACUUGGUGAUGAUCUCCACAACUUGAUCGCAACGAACUUUGUGAAUGUCGCCACUUCUUUGGAAGGUUGUGUGAAUGCAUAUCUCAAUUUCGUGGCAUACGAUACAAUGCCAUCGAUGAUUCUGGUAUAUGAAUCUGUCAAACACAUGGUGAUGGCAUUACAUGGCUGCAUUCUCUCAGAGAUUCAGGUACAUUCACAACACUUAAAACAACUUGGGAUCUACGAGAGUCAUCCCUGGGACAAAGAAAAAUGGAGAGACUUAAACCCUAUAGAAGACAUCCUCCACGAGAUUCACAAAGCAGCUGAAGAGCUUCAGAGCAAAAUCGACGAUAAAUGGUACCUUCUCGUCAACGAUGAUAAUUGGGAGAUUGGGAACCCGUUUAGAGAUGCGACGGAUGAACUCGAAAAAUCGGAUCUUUACGAGGAGGAUCUAAGACAGAUCUCAAUUGAAGAUAUGUGGCUGGCGCCAGAGGGUGAGGAGGAGUCGAGGAUGUACAAGAGCGCGAGUGAUCUGUCUUUAGCUACGUACGAUGAGCUCUGUGUAGUCGCCCAUUUCGAAGAGGCUAUUGGCUGA